UCCAUCCGUUUUCAGUCUCUACACGGAACGACAACAUGUCUGAAGCGACCGUCUCUUUUAAACCCGUUUCUCAUGUUAUUUUCGACAUGGACGGACUUCUACUCGACACGGAGCGGUUGUACACGGAGUCGUUCCAGCAGGUGUGUUCUCGGUUCGGUCGCGAGUACACGUGGGCGCUGAAGUCAAAGGUCAUGGGUCAGAGGGCACUGGACGCAGCAGAGAUCAUCAGAGCCGAGCUGGACCUGCCCCUGUCUGCGGAGGAACUGCUCAAGGAGACCAGGGAGAUACAAGAGAGGAUCUUCCCCUCCGCUCAACUACUGCCUGGUGUGGAGCGUCUGAUCCUUCACCUCAAACAUCACUCCGUCCCCACGGCGGUGGCCACCAGCUCGGCCGGCGUCACCUUCGCCCUGAAGACGAGCAGACAUCAGUCCUUCUUCUCCCUGUUCCACCACAUCGUCACGGGAGACGACCCGGAAGUCAAGCAUUCGAAACCGCACCCCGAUCCCUUCCUCAUCUGCGCCGCCAGAUUCGCUCCGCCCGCCCACCCACAGAAGUGUCUUGUGUUCGAGGAUGCUCCCCUCGGCGUUGCCGCGGCGAUCUCUGCUCAGAUGCAGGUCGUCAUGGUCCCGGACCCGAACCUGGACCGGGCCCUGACCCGAGACGCCUCGCUCACUCUGCCCAGCAUGGAGCACUUCAGACCCGAGCUCUUCGGACUGCCGCCUUUUGAAUAACCCUGAUGCCCUCCCGUCCUCCUCCCUCCAUCCCUCCGGCACCUCUCCGUCGCCAUGGAGAUGAAAUAUUCCGCGGUGUGGCAUUAAACAUACUCAUCUCCCAUGUUUUCAGCUGUUUAUCAAGCUUUACUCACUGCAUUUAAUGCCACACUGCGGAACAUUCCAGGCCAAGCGUUAACAUCGCCAUGGAGACGGUGAAGAAGGCCAUGCCCCCUCCCCAAGAAAAGUUACACGCUGCUUCUUUAACUGAGACGGGGGCAGAUCAAAUGUGUCACUGAUAAAAAAUGAUCAGGGAAAAUGUUUUAAAAUGAUAAUUAAACAUGAAAUAAAACGGAUUUAAAUGUUAUAAGUUAUUCUCAGUUUGAGUUUAUUUUGAAUUAUUGAUAAAAGUGAUUAAUAUUUGUCAUGUCUGAAAAAAAAAUGUAAAAGUGUCAAAACGGUUUGUCGACGAAUUAAAGAGAUUUCAGCAUUUCAUGUCA